AGUGACGUCGCUUUGAGCGCAGCUUCGUCUACCUGGACCUGGUCUACUCUGGAUCCGGCCACUUUUCAACUCACCAACAGUCCGUCCUUCUCUUUCGCAUAUAAACCUUGACUCCUGCGUCCAGACCGUAUCUUCUGUCACUACUUCCCCAUCCAACUUGAACAUACUCUCAACAAAUAUGACCUUAUACUACAGUCUCGUCUUCCUCCUUCUCGUUUUCGAGAUGGUGGUAUUUGGCGCACUGAUAAUACCACUUCCAUAUACCGUGAAGCGCAAACUAUUCACGUUUAUCUCAGAAAGCCCGCUAGUUGCUAAGCUUCAAUACGGCAUCAAGAUCACCUUCAUCUUUAUUCUCAUCUUGUUUAUCGAUAGCUGCAAUCGUGUCUACCGCGUGCAGCUCGAAUCAGCUGCGGCUCACAAGGAUCGAAGUGCUGAAGCUCUAGGAGGCUCUGCUAGAAUGGAGGUUCAAGCUCGUAAAUUCUAUUCACAGCGCAAUAUGUACCUCUGCGGGUUCACGCUCUUCCUUUCUCUGAUCCUCAAUCGUACUUACGUCAUGAUCCUCGACCAGCUUCGCCUUGAGGAGGAAAUCAAACGCCUCAACGGCGACCCUAAGGCCAAAGUGUCUGAUGGAAAACUGGAUCAGGCUGGUGGUCUAGGCGAAAUCGGUCGCUUGAAGAAGGAACUUGCGCAAAAGGAGAAGGACAUCGAAAUCCUUAAGAAACAGGGCGAGGGCUUCCAGCAGGAGUAUAACAGACUCUCUGACCAGAAGCUUAUGCCUCAGGAGAAUAAGGAAGUCAAGAAGAAUGCUUGAAAUCCUUCUACACGUGAAUUCUAUCUACCUCAUCCCCUCGGCCUUAGCAUGCCAAUUUUUUGACCGAGGUAGGCAUGAAAGGAGAAGUGGUGAUCUGAAGGAUUGGAACAGGCGAAAAAACUGGUGCUUAACAAACAUCGAGAGUCUAAUUUGGUGGUGAAAAAGAAGAAAGAUUCAACUUUAAAUAUAUGAGGUCAGACAUCUGGAACCUGAUAGCUAGUGAAUGUGGGAAUGAAAUGUUUAUUGUAGACAUAGUCAUCAACUAAAACAUACUGCGACGUA